AUGCAUGACGUUCAAGAGGUAGAUAGCGAUCAGUUACAAUGGCAGUCCGCAGACCACGUAUCGGAACGGCGAAUGAUGGUGCAACGAGUUGUGCAGCUUUCGCGAAGUCAUAGCAAGUCCGACGCGAACUCGGUCAGAGCGGUGCUGCUGGCUGAACACAUUGAAUUGGCACUCUACUCGCGUGCCGGCUCGCUGAUGGAAUAUUGCAAUCUGGCUACGCUUCGACGACGACUACAGAGCCUUUUUUUAGCUUCUAGUGUGUACGAAGCUGUGGCAAAUGAGACGGUCGUGCAGACCAGAAAGCGUCGCAUUGUGUCACGGACUGUGAUGCAAGGAAACAGGAUGACUAAACGUCGACGAUGCACAGGCAUUGCGUCAACGAUUGCUGAAUCGAUUGCCGCUACCUUCUUAUCGAGUUGCGUACUGUAUCUGACAAUGGAGGUUGCUCAGUUGACACAAGGGUUGGCUUCCAACUCGUCCAUGCUUUGGCUGACCAACCUCCAGCAGCUUGUUGUACACCAGGCUGGAGCAUUGUCAAGAGUGGGCUCAGCAACAACUCCACUUUACGCUAGAAGCUGUGCAGAACUUCCCGUGAACGAAUUGAAUGAUGGCGAAAGUGCUGUGGCAGCUCUGGCUACUGCAUUGAACUACGGCACCUUCCCGCAUCUCAAGAAGUUGCAGCUCAUCUCGGUGUUUGUCAAUACCAUAGGCCACAACGGUCUAUUCCCACUGUGCAAUGCACUGGGAACUGGCUGCUGUCCGUUUUUGGAAGACGUACUGCUGGCUGGUAACAACCUUGGCAAUCUCGGCGCAUACAGAGUCGCACGUUUGCUUUUGUCUCCACAAGCUCCUUGCCUUGUUUGUUUGGAUCUACGCCGCAACUUCAUAGGUGAGACUGGACUGCGUGCAGUUGUGCAUUCUUUAAUCCCAGACGCAGUCUUCGCUUCAAGUUCUGUGCAUGGGAGGUAA